AUGGCUACAGCAACAGUAUCAACACCGCUCAAGCCCCACGCUGGACUGUUCUCCUCGCGCACCGCUGGGGGAAGGAUGCCUUUGACACCUUCUCCCAGCCGCCGCACGAAGUCCAUCAACCUUAAUGACUCCCCCUGCACCCCUGAGAAGCAGGCCGAUAGCCCUCGGGUGUCCUCCAAGUCUGUCUAUGGCGGUAACCUCACCGCUCAUCUCGCCAAGGCUUCGUCCAAGAACCAGCACCGCGACUCUCCUAAGUCAAACAUUGCCCGCACUGUCUCGAGCCCGCGCAAAGCUCUUGAGCUCGGUGUCUCUGACUUCACCCUGACCGGUGCUGGUUCUCACACCAAGACUCCUUCCAACACGAAGACGAAGAAGACGGCCACCAUCAGGCAAAAGUCGUCCAAGACCACCCUGACCUACCACGCUGAUCGUUUUAUUCCCAACCGCGGCGCAAGCUCGGCCAUUGCCAAUCCCGGCUCGGGAAAGCUCGAUAUCAAGGACAAGAAGCGUUCCAAGAAGAGCCGCAACGAAGCCUCAUCUGUCCUUACGUCGGCCACGGAUGACGCUCUCGCUGCCCUCGAGGGUUUGAACAUCGAGGAUGAGGAGCCGGAGUCGUACUCUCGCCCAUCCCCCAACACGGUUGCCUACCAAGACUCGCUCGCGAACGCCUGUGGCGUCAACCUGAACACUCGCAUCCUUCAGUUCAAGCCUGCUCCUCCGGAGUCGUCCAAGCCGAUCGACCUCCGCAAGCAAUACAACCGCCCUCUCAAGCCUGCCAACGCUAGCUCCGCUCAGUUCAGGCGUCGCAUCGCCACUGCCCCUGAGCGCGUUCUGGACGCUCCUGGUCUGAUCGACGACUACUACCUCAACCUGCUUGACUGGAGCUCGUGCAACCAAGUGGCAAUCGGCCUCGAGAGGAACGUGUAUGUGUGGUCGGCCGAUGAGGGCACCGUCAACUGCCUUCUCGAGACGAGCCCCGACACGUAUGUCAGCAGCGUCAAGUGGUCCCAGGACGGUGCCUAUGUUAGUGUCGGUCUCGGCACUGGCGAGGUGCAGAUCUGGGAUGUGGCUGAAGGCGUCAAGAUUCGCAGCAUGUUUGGCCACGACACUCGCGUUGGUGUCAUGGGAUGGAACAAGCACAUUCUGUCCACUGGCUCCCGCAGUGGUCUGGUCUUCAACCACGACGUCCGCAUUGCCGAGCACAAGGUUGCCGAGCUGGUCCAGCACACGUCGGAGGUGUGCGGCCUGGAAUGGCGGUCAGAUGGCGCUCAGCUUGCCACUGGCGGCAACGACAACCUUGUCUGCAUCUGGGAUGCACGGUCCCUGGCUGUCCCCAAGUUCACCAAGACGAACCACAAAGCUGCCGUCAAGGCCUUGGCCUGGUGCCCGUGGAACAUGAGCCUUUUGGCCACUGGCGGUGGCUCGUACGACCGUCAUAUUCACUUCUGGAACACGACGUCCGGCGCGCGGGUCAACAGCAUCGACACUGGCUCCCAGGUGACCAGCCUGCGGUGGAGCACUCACUACCGCGAGAUCGUCAGCACUAGCGGUUUCCCUGACAACUCACUGAGCAUCUGGAGCUAUCCCACGCUCGUCCGCAACGUUGAGAUUCCGGCCCACGAGAGCAGGGUUCUCCACAGCUGUCUCAGCCCGGACGGUCAGAUGUUGGCCACAGCUGCCGCCGACGAGAGCUUGAAGUUCUGGAAGAUUUUCGAGAAGAAGCCUGGCACGCCCAGCAUUACCACCACUGGCUCGUCUGCCAAGGCGGAGUUGGCCAAGAGCAUGACCAUCCGCUGA